CUCUUUUCGGCAGCGGAGAGGGGAGACCCUCCGCAAGCGUUGUGUGUGUCUGUGUGUCUGUGUGUGCGCGCGCGGUGCUCUCCUGGCAGGAUGCAGCGGGUUCUCCUUCCGCCCUUGAAGACUUUGGUCCGGGGUCCGUGUGUCCAGCUCUUGGUUCCCAGGGCGGCCCCGAGAGCACAGUGUGGUUGCAGUUGUGGCAUCUGGCGCCCUCUGAGGCCAGCGCAAUAUAGCACCAUCACCGAAGUGGCUUUACAGCCUGGAAAGGGUACAGUGCCUCUUCCUUCAAAGACUGCUGAGCGGGCAGUGGGCCGGUGGCUCCUGGUGUGCAGUGGAACAGUGGCUGGAGCAGUUAUUCUUGGUGGAAUAACUAGAUUGACAGAGUCUGGCCUCUCAAUGGUAGACUGGCAUUUAAUAAAGGAGAUGAAGCCACCUACAAGCCAAGAAGAAUGGGAAGCAGAAUUCCAAAAAUACCAACAAUUUCCAGAAUUUAAAAUCUUGAAUCACGAUAUGACCCUGGCAGAAUUCAAGUUCAUCUGGUACAUGGAGUACUCACACCGGAUGUGGGGUCGAGUUGUAGGCCUUGCAUACAUCCUGCCUGCUGCCUACUUUUGGAGAAAGGGCUGGCUCAGCCAUGGCAUGAAAGGACGUGUUCUUGCCCUCUGUAGCCUAGUCUGCUUCCAGGGUCUGUUAGGGUGGUACAUGGUGAAAAGUGGAUUAGAAGAAAAGCCAGAUUCUUAUGACAUCCCUCGGGUCAGUCAGUACCGCCUUGCUGCCCAUCUGGGAUCAGCCCUGGUUCUUUAUUGUGCUAGCUUGUGGACCUCACUGUCACUGCUACUCCCUAAGCACAAGUUGCCUGAAACCCGCCAGCUCAUGUGGUUGAGACGCUUUGCUGGUGGAACAGCAGGUCUGGUGUUUCUUACAGCUCUCUCAGGGGCUUUUGUGGCAGGGCUGGAUGCUGGACUUGUUUACAACUCCUUCCCCAAAAUGGGAGAAUCUUGGGUUCCAGAAGACCUCUUUACCUUCUCCCCCAUCCUGAGGAAUGUUUUUGAGAAUCCCACCAUGGUUCAGUUUGAUCACAGGGUUCUGGGAAUCACUUCAGUCACUGCCAUUACAGUGCUCUACUUCCUCUCCCGAAGAAUCCCCCUUCCUCGAAGGACCAAGAUGGCAGCGAUAACCCUGCUGGCUUUGGCAUAUACACAGGCAGCCUUGGGAAUUAGCACUCUGCUGAUGUACGUUCCAACUCCUUUGGCUGCCACUCAUCAGUCAGGCUCCCUGGCUUUGCUUAGUGGUGCCCUUUGGCUCAUGAACGAACUCAGAAGAGUCCCGAAAUAAUUCUCAGAAGAUCAGCUUCCCAAGACUGAAACUGCUUCAAGACACUUAAGAGAGCUCAAGUACUUGGCCUUUUCUACGAUGGCCUUGGCAUGCCAAGUGGUUUCCAAAUUGGUCAACUUAUUUAGAACUCUUUGCCUGUUUUGGUCACUGGAUCAAGAAUGUUAUUAAGUAUGGUUACACUGAAGGUUCCUUUCUAAAUUUUUCAUGUUGACAAUCAGGUUUCAUGUGUAAAAAGAAAUGUUUGGUAUUUGCUGCUGCUUAA